AAGGAGUAAACAAUCAUCAUGAAACAUCGGUCCACGCACACCCACCGGCCUGCCUUCCAUAAAAGGCCAAUCAAUCAUUCUGUUAUUCGGUCGGAGAUUAAGAAAUUGACAUCUCUAGGAAAAGGCGGUGAAAUAGUUCUCUCUCUCUCUCUCUCUGUGUUCUUUUUGUAUUUCGCUUCCCUGACCUCCCUUAUUCUAUUUCCUGCUAAAUGUAUAUGUUUUGACAAUCAUCCUGAGUCAUUUUGCUGGAGUGAAAGGGGCAAAAUAAAAGAAAAUAAAAAAAUGAUAGUACGAAAACCAACUCCGAGCUUGCCUGACUUUUGAGGGCAUCCCGACGUCACGUCCCGACAGUCUGGAACGGAGCUGCGGCUUUAGAAUGAUCCACAAAACAAUAUGGUCUCCAUCCAACAAAAAAAUUGGUGGCUUGUUGUUUUGAGAGCUGCAAUAUGGAGCUUAUCAGUGGUCGAAAACAUCAUGACAGGAUAAUGAUAGUUCCCGGACCAAGUUUGCACAUCUGUAAGAAUGACUGUAGGUAGACUUGACCUCCC